AUGGAUGUAAUCAUCUACGACACAAUAUCACGUACGCGAAGUAGACGACAGCGAUUGUUGAAAGGAGAGCAGCCCACCGGAAGCGAGUGUGUUUCGUUACUGCGGCGGCGCAUACCUUCUCGUUGCGAGCGCGAGAACUGCGUGCGGUGUGCGUGCACCGCUGAGACUAAACUAACUGAAGGGAGGCAACGCGCGGCUGGCCGAUACGAGGACCCCACCGCUACGUUCCGGCCGCCUCUCUCCUGCGGUCUACCAGUAGUGACUCUAACACGAGAGCAUUACGGGCGGAUUCGCAGGAGCACUGACCUUCGCUACAACGACGCCGAGAUGCCAACAAACUAG